CCAGGCUCCCAUACUGCAUAUGGUCUUCGCUUGAGUUGCAGGCCUAAAUUUAUAAAAUCAUGGCAAACUCUCGAGUCCUUAAGUAUUUGGCAUGGUUGGUGCUAGUGAGCCUUGUGGUGGGUGCACCAAAGGUCUCCAGAGCAGCAGUAACAUGUGAACAGGUGGUGACCAACUUGUACCCAUGCAUAAACUAUGUACUCCGAGGAGGGCAAGUUCCUGGACAGUGCUGCACUGGGAUCAAGAACCUUUUCAGCGCUGCACAGAACACUCCUGACCGCCGGACCGUCUGCAAGUGCAUGAAAUCAGCAAUCAGUUCUAGUGGAGUUGCUUACAACAGCUACAACAUUGGCCUGGCUGCCGGACUUCCUGCCAAAUGCCAUGUCAACGUUCCUUACAAGAUCGACCCCUCCACCAACUGUGACACAAUUCAGUGAGGAUGUAUACAUGUACAAUGGAUCUUGAAGAAUCUACUAUCUAUAAUCGGAGAAUAAGUGAAGCUUCUGCACAUUACUAUAUAUGUUGAGGAAGUCUCUGAUUGAUCCUGCAUGCUGUUUGUACUUUGUAGUGCCGUUUAGGGUCUGGUAGCUUGCACUAAUCUAGUAUUUUGCUAUCAAAGCUUUAUGGCUUUGUCUAAAGUUCUUGUAUUGUAUCUUAUAUAUGUUUCUUCAUCGUUACUAUCAAAGCUUUAUGGGUUUGUCUAAA